CGACUGUUUACAUUGUUAUGUACACAUAGUUAAAGUCUUGUCAAAUCUUAUCAAGUAUUAUUGCGCACAAAUCUCGGAUCCCUUUCUCGAUCCAGCUCGAUUCCCGUCCAGAGUCGAGCAGAUUCGAUCCUCGAGUGUUUGUCGGCGCGGUGAACCGAGUAAAUCGUAAAUAAAAAUGGGUGGUGAUAAAUUCGAGUUCGCCAUAGAUCGCGGCGGCACGUUUACCGACGUGUACGCUAGGUGUCCAGGCGGGAAAAUUCGAGUGAUGAAACUGCUCUCCGUGGAUCCUGCCAACUACGACGAUGCCCCGCGCGAAGGUAUUCGCAGGAUUCUCCAACAGGAGACUGGGAGGAAAAUCGAAGGAGAGAUAGACGGAUCGUUGAUAUCGUGGAUUCGAAUGGGCACGACAGUUGCCACGAACGCUCUUUUGGAGAGAAAAGGUGCGAAAAUGGCGCUGUUGAUCAACGAAGGAUUCAAAGAUCUUCUUUUCAUCGGGAAUCAAGCACGCCCCGAUAUAUUCGACUUGCAAGUAGUCACUCCAGAAGUAUUGUACGAAAAGGUAGUCGAAGUUAAGUGCAGAGUGAUACCCGCAUCGGUUGGAAAGUGUCAGUUGGAUCACAAGAAAUGGCGCAGAGUGAAGGGAUGUACGGGGGAGGAUCUAUUUAUCACUCGAGAAUUGGACGAGGAAAAGUUGAAAUUAGAUCUGGAGGAAUUGAGAAGAUCGGGAAUCGAGAGUCUAGCCGUGGUCCUCGCGCACAGUUACACAUACGGCGAACACGAAAUACGAAUAGGGGAAUUGGCGAAACUCGUUGGUUUCCCCCAAGUUUCGCUUUCGCACGAAAUUAUGCCUAUGGCGAGAAUAGUUCCUAGAGGAUUCACAGCCUGCGCCGAUGCAUACUUGACCCCGCACAUUAAACGAUACUUAGAGGGAUUCUCUUCUGGUUUCAAAGAUAAAUUGAGAGGUGUGAACGUGCUGUUCAUGCAAAGCGACGGUGGAUUGACUCCAAUGAAUUCAUUCAACGGGUCUCGGGCCAUUCUUUCCGGCCCAGCGGGCGGAGUCGUCGGUUAUGCGAUGACCACGUACAGCAAAGAGACCGAUUUGCCCGUGAUUGGAUUCGAUAUGGGCGGUACUUCUACCGAUGUCAGUCGUUUCGGCGGUAGCUACGAGCAUGUAUACGAGAGCACAACCGCAGGUGUCACGAUCCAAGCUGCACAGUUGGACGUGAACACAGUUGCGGCAGGAGGUGGAUCGAUGCUUUUCUUCAGGUCGGGUCUCUUCGAGGUCGGGCCCGAGAGCGCCGGGGCACACCCUGGCCCAGCUUGUUACAAGAAGAACGGCCCCCUGGCUGUCACCGAUGCGAACCUCGCUCUCGGAAGACUUUUGCCCGAAUAUUUCCCGAAAAUAUUUGGCCCGAGUGAGAACGAACCGUUGGACAAGUCUCGAACGAUGGAAGCUUUUCAAAUUCUCACCGAUCAAAUAAACGAAUUUCUAGCGAAAGAGGGGCACGGCGCGAAGAUGAGCAUCGAGGAAGUGGCGAUGGGAUUCGUCAGAGUUGCUAACGAAACUAUGUGUCGACCGAUACGAGCUCUCACUCAGGCGAAAGGUUACGAUACAUCUCGCCACGUUUUGGCGUGUUUCGGGGGUGCAGGGGGACAACACGCGUGCGCCAUUGCGCGUUCCUUAGGAAUGGGAACUGUAUUCGUCCACAAAUAUGCAGGAAUUUUGUCAGCCUACGGAAUGGCAUUGGCUGACGUCGUGGAAGAGGCCCAAGAACCUAGCGCAGAGGUUUACGAACAGGAGUCGUUCGCACGUUUGGACGAACGAUUGGACGCCUUGGAGAAGAAAGUUCGUGCAAAGUUGGCUGCCCAAGGAUUCCCCGAAUCUCACAUAAAAACGGAACCUUUCCUACAUUUGCGUUAUCAAGGGACAGACUGCGCUCUGAUGUGUACGGCUAGCCAAGAUACCAAACACAAGGGCACGAAACACGGAGAUUUUCUCAGUACCUUUUUGGAAAGGUAUCAAACGGAGUUCGGUUUCACCAUGCCCAAUCGAAAGAUCCUAGUAAACGACGUGAGAAUAAGGGGUACGGGGAGAACAGAUAUCGAGGAAGAUCCAAUUUUACCUUCGUCCAACGAGCCGCCGAAAUUCGAAAAGACAACCAUGGUCUAUUUCGAGAACGGCUACCAGGAGACCAAAGUGUACCAGCUGCGCUCCCUGUCGCCCGGCCACGCGAUUCACGGACCGGCGAUCAUAAUGGACAGCCUGAGCACUCUUCUGAUCGAGCCUGAUUGCGAAGCGUCGAUCACGCCUCGCGGCGACGCGAGGAUAACGAUCGGCCAAGGAUCGAGAGCCGAGGUCACCACCGAAUUGGACACCAUUCAAUUGAGCAUAUUCUCUCAUCGUUUCAUGAGCAUCGCCGAACAAAUGGGCAGGAUCCUUCAGCGUACCGCCAUCUCGACCAAUAUUAAGGAGCGGCUGGAUUUUUCUUGCGCGGUUUUCGGACCUGAUGGCGGCCUCGUUUCCAAUGCCCCCCAUAUACCCGUGCACCUGGGCGCCAUGCAGGAGACCGUUCAAUACCAGAUGAAGGCGUUCAAGGGUGAAUUCGAGAGGGGAGACGCGAUCCUCGCGAAUCAUCCCCUGGCAGGGGGAUCCCAUCUUCCAGAUCUUACCGUCAUCACCCCUGUCUUUUACAAGGACGUGGAGAAGCCGGUGUUCUUCGUGGCCAGUAGGGGACACCAUGCCGAUAUUGGAGGAAUCACGCCUGGUUCCAUGCCUCCGCAUUCGACUUGUUUGCUUCAGGAAGGGGCGACGUUUAAAAGUUUCUUGUUGGUGCACAGAGGAGUAUUCAGGGAGAAGGAGUUAACGGAAGCGUUGAUGGAACCGGGGAAAAUUGCGGGGAGUUCCGGAACCAGGAAUCUGUCCGACAAUCUGAGCGAUCUCAAGGCUCAGAUCGCAGCCAAUCACAAAGGAUCGAUGUUGGUCAACGAGUUGAUCGAUAUAUACGGCCUCGACGUGGUGCAAGCUUACAUGGGUCACAUUCAACGCAACGCCGAAGUUGCUGUGAGAGAUAUGUUAAAAUCUGUCGGGAAAAGGCUUCUCGAGCAAACUGGAAACACCACGGCAACUGCGAUCGAUUAUCUGGACGAUGGCAGUCCUAUUCAAUUCCUUUUGAACAUCGACGUGGACAAGGGUGAAGCGGUCUGCGAUUUCUCCGGCACGGGGUACGAAGUGUGGGGCAAUUGUAACGCACCCAGGGCCAUCACUCUCUCCGCGUUGAUUUAUUGUUUGAGAUGCAUAGUGGGCAGAGACGUUCCUUUAAACCAGGGUUGUCUGAAGCCUGUAAAGGUAAUAAUUCCAAAGGGAUCGCUUCUGGAUCCCUCGGAGGAGGCAGCGGUGGUCGGUGGCAACGUUCUCACGUCGCAACGCGUGGUCGACGUGAUUCUACGAGCUUUCGGUGCUUGCGCAGCGUCACAAGGGUGCAUGAACAACGUGACGCUUGGCACCGAAGAGUGGGGUUAUUACGAAACUGUCGCCGGGGGCAGUGGAGCCGGCCCGACCUGGGACGGCAGAGGAGGGGUGCACACUCACAUGACCAACACGAGAAUCACCGAUCCGGAGAUACUGGAACUUCGUUACCCGCUCAUUCUUAAUAAGUUUUCCCUUCGAACCGGAAGCGGAGGAGCCGGCGCUCAUCGAGGAGGCGACGGAGUUGUCCGCGAAACGACGUUCAGGGCGCCUAUGACGUUGUCCGUAUUAACGGAAAGAAGGGUAAAUAGCCCGCCUGGAUUGGCUGGGGGAGGAUCGGGUCGAAAAGGAAGGAACACGUUGGUAAAAGCCGACGGUAGAAGGAUCAAUCUCGGCCCCAAAACCGCGGUACCCGUUUAUCCAGGGGACACGUUUAUACUGGAAACUCCCGGAGGCGGUGGCUACGGUCCUCCCGGAGUUGAGAAAGAGGGAUCGAUUCGGAGAAAAGCUCGAGGAUUCGUGGAACGCGGAAGCGUGUUCGAAUACAGAAAAGCUCAAGAAUCUGUGUGA